AUGACCCCAACACCACCGAAAUUCGGCAUACGAUUUUUAUCUCGGAAAGAACGCACCGUUCGGCGAGUGACAAAAUGUGAAACACGGGAGAUAAAAAAACGUUUAGAACCUCCUCCGCCUCCUUCCCCAUCUCCAGUUAAAACAGUCAAACCACGCGCUGCUCCUGCUCGUAUAAAACCUGCAACACUCGUCAAAGUUCGCCAACCGAAGAAGAUCGCUAAACCACCGAUAGAAACAUCGAGUAAUGACAAAGAACAAGUUCAUCCAUCAUCUUCAUCUUCUGCAACACCACCACCACCACCAGCAAAUCCCCGUUCGUUACCCGCUGGUCGUACAUUACAAACAAAUGAUCUGCACAAGUUGUCUCGCUUGACUUGUUCACGUGAAUUUAGUUUCUUCCAUAAAGAAAUCAAAUGUGAAUUGAGCACACACGAGCAUCAAUUGGCAUUUUUUCAAACGAAACUGUAUCAUCUGAAAAACGAAUUUAUCAAUCAGAACUCCGAACAAUUGAAUUUAGAACAAAUACGUACCUACUUUAACGAAGCACUGCAGAAAAAUAUCGAUCGAAGAAUCAAACCUGACGAAUUUAUUACUUUAGCCGAUAAACUUAAACAGGACAUAAAACAAGCGAUUGAUAAAUGGUUGAAAAAGAAAGAAUUCGGCAAACAAAAUCGGGCGUUGAGUGAUUAUUCGCAAAAACGUCAGUCACGUAUUCGAGAAUUGAUCAAAGAAACCAUUGAAGAAGCAAAGAAACAACAACAGGAUACUAAUUCUCAAGCAAUUCCAGUAGAGGAACCUCAAGUGACUAUAAUCGAUGGUUCCGAAGAUCAGUGUCAAGUAGUAGAAUGUAUUGAUUAG